GGAACAUGUUUUAAAUAUAUGAGUGUACUGGAAUUUCUGACUUUCGUACCAUAUUUUUAUAAUUUAUAGUGGUUCGGGUCUGUCGCUGCACACUCGCUAUUUGAGGUGUUUGAGUGCAACAUCCGGGUACUGGCAACUCACACCAUUUUUUUCUCAGAGAGAAAAACGCACUUACGCACUCAUUAUUCACCAAAAUGCACUCAAAAGUGUGAGUAUGGAAAUGAGCGAAUUGAGAUACAACUAUUGAACACUUUUUUUUAUGUAGUACACAAUGCGUUACACGUAUCGGUUUGUAAGCGUAAUUGAUUCGGGAUGACCACUGUGGGUUUCAUUUGAUGGAGUUAUUUUAGAUCUGUCGCCACCUAGCGGAUGUUGUUGCGCACUAGCCAGGUGCCACGUGGCUGUAGUCAACAGGCCGGUGUUUGCCAGGGGGGGCACUUUAUGGCAGGGGUGCAUUAUUCGGCACAACACCGGGACCAGCGGAGGGCGGGAGCUGGAUUUAGUGAGCUGGGUUUAAUGAGCUGGGUUUAAUGAGCUGGGUUUAAUGAGCUGGGUUUAGUGAGCUGGGUUUAGUGCUCAGUCGGGCGGGGAGCAGCUGCUGACAAGGUCGUGCUGCGCCUUAGAGACUUUGUGUCAGGUGAAAAAAUGCUAACAGACAGGAUUUGUGAGGACGAUGCAGCGCAGUGGUGCAGCAGACAUGAACUGGAAAACGAUCUCCAUUUGGCCGCCAAGCUGGGGAAAACCCUCUUAGACCGUAACCGCGAUCUGGAGCAGGGUCUCCAGCAGAUGUACACCACCAACCAGGAGCAGCUGCAGGAGAUGGAGUACCUGGCCAAGCAGGUGGAGAUGUUGCGACAGAUGAACGACCAACACGCCAAAGUUUAUGAGACGCUAGACCUGUCCACCAGGGAUUUGGAACGGGGGAACCAGAGACUGGUGCAGGACAACCGCCUGGCCUACAACAAGAUCCACAGUUUAACUGAGUCAACAGACGCGCUACAAACCCACGUGGAGGACCUGCAAAACCAGGUGGAGGCGCUCAUGUCCGCCCAGGUGGAGCGAAACAAACAAGAGGCGAACACAGAGCAGCGACGCAGCUUGGGAGCACAGAGCCUUUCCUGUCUGAAGGAGCUCUACCACUUGCACCAGGACAGGUGUGUAUUUCGCAACACGAGACAAAUGAAGGAACUCAGGUGGCCGGAAGGCGAGCCAGAAGAGGAGCACGCCGCCCUUCUGCGCUCGCUCCGGACUCUGGAGGCUCAGUUGGCGGCUGAGAAGGGCCUGAGGGAGGCGGUGGAGCGCGAGAAGGAUCUGACCAGCAAGGAGAAGCGAGACCUGGAGCAGCAGCUGCUGCGGCUGGAGGUUUGUCCCGCCAGGCACACCCAGCUGCAGGCCCAGGUGGAGCGGAUGAGGCUCCUGUGGCGCGCCGACUGUGCCGCCAGGACGCCCCCCCGUGAGCUGCCCCCGCCUGACGCCGUCCUCUUCACCCCGGAGGAAAACCCCGAAGAGGGUCAAGCUGAAACGGAGGAGGCGGGACGCAACAGCGAGGUGUGCGCCAGGGAGGUGGACAUGGACGACCAUGACAGGAUGUGCGUGAGGCGGGCAGAGGUGGUGAAGCAGAGGGGCAUCUCUCUCCUCAACGAGGUGGACGCACAGUACAACGCACUGCAGGUGAAAUAUGAGCAGCUCCUACAGCGCUGUCAGCAAGCAAGCGAGGGGCUCACCCACAAGUCCGUCCAGACGUCCUGCAGACCCCUAGCCGGCGAUGGACCCUGUCGGCGCUCGGCCCGAGGCUUCAUGGCGGUCUCAGAGGAGCCGGAGUACAAAGUUCUCUUCAAGGAGAUCUUCACCUGCAUCCAAAAGACCAAAGACGACCUGCAGGACAACAGACUUUUUAGUCAGCGACAGUUCUCUUAGUAUGUGAUUGUAUCAGUCCUCAUCCUGGAAGUGUGUGUGUGUGUGUGUGUGUGUGUGUGUGUGUGUGUGUGUGUGUGUGUGUGUGUGUGUACGCACGCGUGUGUGUUUGUGUGCGUGCGUGUGUGUCUUUUAUGUAAACGCCACUUUGCUUUAGUCAGUCAACACUGAUGCUUUUUGUUUGUAUGUCGUAUUGAAAUUGUUCCAAAUAUUCCAUGCAACUGCAAAUGUGCAAGUAUUAUGUCCAUGCAUAAGUGUUGAAGCCUCUACAGUAUGUACAGUAUUAUGUCCAUGCAUAAGUGUUGAAGCCUCUACAGUAUGUACAGUAUUAUGUCCAUGCAUAAGUGUUGAAGCCUCUACAGUAUGUACAGUAUUAUGUCCAUGCAUAAGUGUUGAAGCCUCUACAGUAUGUAGGAUUUAUGCAAAAAGAAUGUCGAAAUGUCAUAAUAGGAUGAAAAUCUUUUAAGUGCAGACUUGAACCCGACUUUAGCACAGAGGGCUGUUUGUUUGUUGUGCCUCCCCUAAGACACGUGAGCACUUUUAUCAACAGAUUCAUGUGUUGCUUAUUUUUCACAAGAUGAAAUGUUAUUUAUACCUUUCUUUUCAUAAAGUAGAGAUGUUUAUUUUUGAAAACAUUCAGGAUUUAGAAGUGAAAAUGUGCACAAAAAAGUGAAAAGCUGAAGUCGCUUAAAUGUCUGAGAUCAAUGUUGUUGUU